CCGGCGUCCGCGCCUAUAUAUCCACCGCGCCCCGUGCGUCGCACAGACAACCUGCCCCACACCGCACAUCCUCUCAAGCAAACUCGUACCACCUCAUCGCGGGGGCCUUUUUCUUUUGUCUCCACUCUUGCGCAGCAUCCGUGGCCACAGCAGACUCAGCCUUGCCUUCCUGCGCGCGCUGCGUGCCUCGGCCGGCGGCGAUCGAUGAGGACCAGGAAGUCGAAGACGACGUCGGCGUGGAGGUCGUUCCUGGGCGGCUGCCUCGGCUUCGGCGGCGGAGGAAGGGGAAGGGCGGCGGGAGACAGGCAGCGGAAGGUGCGGCCUGGCGGCGGCGGAGGCGGGCGGCUGUCGUUCACGGACCUGAGCGGCGCGGCGGACCAGGACCUGUCGGUGUCGCUGGUGGGUUCCAACCUGCACGUGUUCAGCGUGGCGGAGCUGCGCGAGGCCACGCGCGGCUUCGUCUCCGGCAACUUCCUCGGCGAGGGCGGCUUCGGCCCCGUCUACAAGGGCUUCGUCGACGAUGGAGUCAAGAAGGGGCUCAAGCCGCAGGCCAUCGCCGUCAAGCUCUGGGACCCCGAGGGCGCCCAGGGACACAAGGAGUGGCUGGCGGAGGUGAUCUUCCUGGGGCAGCUGCGGCACCCCAACCUGGUGAAGCUGGUGGGCUACUGCUGCGAGGACGAGAACCGGCUGCUCGUCUACGAGUACAUGGAGCACGGCAGCCUGGAGAACCACCUCUUCAAACAGAUUCCUGCCGUGCUGCCCUGGUCGACCCGACUAAACAUUGCAGUAGGCGCGGCGAAGGGUUUGGCGUUCCUCCACAACGCUGAGAAGCCGGUCAUCUACCGUGACUUCAAGGCCUCCAACAUCUUGCUCGACUCGGACUACAAGGCCAAGCUGUCAGACUUCGGGCUGGCCAAGGACGGACCAGAGGGCGACGACACCCACGUGUCGACGCGCGUGAUGGGGACGCACGGCUACGCGGCGCCGGAGUACAUCAUGACGGGCCACCUGACGGCGAAGAGCGACGUGUACAGCUUCGGCGUGGUGCUGCUGGAGAUCCUGACGGGGCGGCGGUCCGUGGACAAGACCCGGCCGAGCCGGGAGCAGAACCUGGUGGACUACGCGCGGCCGUGCCUCAAGGACCCGCUCAGGCUGGCCCGGAUCAUGGACCCGGCCAUGGAGGGCCAGUACUCGGCGCGGGCGGCCCAGAGCGCGGCGCUGGUCGCGUACCGGUGCCUCAGCAGCAGCCCCAAGAACCGGCCGGACAUGUCCGCCGUCGUCCAGGCGCUGGAGCCGCUGCUGGACCUCAACGACGACGUGCCCGUCGGCCCCGUUGGCCCCGUGGUGCUGUUCGUGGCGGCGGCGGAGGCGGAGGAGAAGAAGGAGCGGGCGCCGAGGAAGGACGUCCGCCGGCGCAGGCCUAUGUCGUCGCCGAAGGCCUCGGCGAGCCCCAGGAAGCGACCCGGCGCCGGCCCGAAGGAGGAGUUCUGGGUGUGGCAUCUGCCGGCCGAGCAGAAGGCGUGACGUGAACGUGACACGUCCGUCCGUGCUUGAGCUGCGUUGUGCAAGCGUGCGUGUGUGUACAGAGGACGAGGUGGCGAGGUACUAUUGGUUAGGAUCGUCGUGCGCAUCCCUGUAAGGUUCUUCUCGUUUCGUUUCUCUUCGUUUUCAGUCUGCUGUUACAGUGAGAUGCUCAGAUGCAGAGUGAGUGAGUGUGGCUCAGACUAUCUCCAACAAUCGUCACCCAAAAUACAAGACUCAUUUGUUCUUUGGAUAGCGCUA